AAAGGAAAUGAAGAUGGGGAGACAGUUGUUGUUGAAAAAGACCAUUUUAUGGAUGACUUUUUCCAACAGGUUGAGGAACUUAGAAAUAAUAUAGCAAAAAUAGCACAGAAUGUGGAAGAAGUGAAAAAGCAGCACAGCAUUAUCCUGUCAGCACCAAAUCCUGAAGGAAGAACAAAGGAAGAACUUGAAGAAUUAAAUGAGGAAAUAAAGAAGAUUGCUAAUAAAAUCCGAGCCAGGUUAAAGGCUAUUGAACAAAGUUUUGAUCAGGGCGAAAAUGCUAAUCGGACAUCAGUGGACCUCAGGAUAAGAAAAACACAGCACUCUGUAUUAGCUCACAAGUUUGUGGAGGUCAUGACGGAAUACAACGAGACCCAAACUCUUUUUCGAGAACGCAGCAAAGGGCGGAUACAGAGACAAUUAGAGAUAACUGGAAAGACCACCACUGAUGAGGAACUGGAAGAAAUGUUAGAGAGUGGUAAUCCUUCAAUUUUCACUUCUGAUAUUAUAUCAGACUCCCAAAUAACUAGGCAAGCUCUGAAUGAAAUUGAGUCACGUCACAAGGAUAUUAUGAAACUGGAGUCUAGCAUACGGGAACUACAUGAAAUGUUUAUGGACAUGGCAAUGUUUGUUGAGACUCAGGGUGAAAUGAUCAACAACAUAGAAAAGAACGUGAUGAAUGCAUCAGAUUACGUGGAACAUGCAAAAGAGGAGACAAAAAAGGCAGUUAAAUAUCAAAGUAAAGCACGAAGGAAAUUGAUGUUCAUAAUUAUAUGUGUAACUGUAUUGCUUCUGAUACUUGGAAUUAUCCUAGCAACAACACUAUCAUAGCAAGCACAUUCCAAGAGUUACGAACCUUCAGAAACUCCAAAAUACAUCUUCAGUAAAACCAAACCUUUUUUAAUAAAUGAUGCCUUACGCUGUUGCAUGAUGAUGACCUACCACUAAUGGUUAAAAAUGAAAACAAAAUCACUCUUAAUGUUUACUUAUAAAUGAAGAUCAGAAUGUAUUAGGAUAUGUAUGGAUUUUCAUCAUAAACUAUACAUUUGUAAGACUGAAACUUGCUCUUAAUUGUUUUGAACUAAAGUAACUUAGGAUUUUUUUCAUAUCUCAGUGUUACAAACAGAGGCUAUUGAGUUUUGACUGUUUGGCUUUUUUUCCUGUUGCUAAUAUAAUUCUAAUCACAAAUUUUAGUACCUUACCAGUGCUGCUUUUGUUAGCACUCUCGUGAACAUUUUUAUGUGAUGUAGCCUUGUCUUCAAGUAUAUUAAUU